GUGUACAGUGUACUGUAUAAAGGGGAGUCUGGUUACAGGAUGGCCCAUUGUAAGUGAAACGAAUCACUGAGUUCUGCAGAUCUGCUGUUCUCUGGGUUUCUUGGUUUUUAACACGGAAGAAUAAAAAUGUCUGAGGAAAAAAGUCUACUGCCUUUGACUUAUAUGGAAGAAGAAUCAGAACUGUUUCCUAAAAAAUACUCCAACCUUUCUGAAAAUGUAAAAUCACAGUGCAAAGACUUGGAAGAGAAGCUGAAAACAUUUGUAAAGGAGCUGGAGGAGGUCCAGGCAACAUUGCCAAAAUCUGUAGAGGAAUGUGUUAAAGAACUUCGCAGCAUUGCAGAUGGUAUUGAUCUAUUUCACAGAAAUGCCACCAUAGCCAGCGUUGUUGGAAGCUCAGUUGGGAUAGCGGGUGGAAUCACCACCAUUGUGGGCCUGGCUUUGGCUCCUGUUACCUUUGGAGCAUCUCUGAUUGUGACCUUGGUUGGUGUGGGAGUCGCUUCUGCUGGAGGAAUCACUGGGGCUGCAUCUUCUAUUGCUGAUACUGCUAAUAUACGUAUGAAAGGCAAGAGAGUAGAAGAGAUUAUACAGACAAUCCAGGUGGACAUAGCACACUUGGAGGAACUUCUGAAAUCCAUUAAUGCUCACAUUGAGGACAUGAAAAGGCUGGUGGGUUUGCAAAAUGUUGAUAUUGCAAGGGCCGGUGCAAGAGGAGUCUUUGCAGCAGUGGAGAUAACAAGGCUGGCUCAGCUGGCCAAUGUAUCAGCAACUGCUGCAAGAGCAGCCCAGAUAGCAGCGCGGGGAGCCCAGGCAGCAGCAGCCGUAUCUGGGGUCUUAGCAGCACUCUUUAUAUUUGUUGACAUUGCAUUUGUUGCAAAGGGAGCAAAAGAUCUGAAAGAAGGGGCUAAAGUUGAGCAAGCUAAAAAAAUCCGAGCUGUUGCUGAUGAGCUGGAGACUGAGUUUGAAAAGCUGCAAGCUGCUGCACUUGAAGUGCAAAAUGGUUUUUCAUUCAUGAACUACAAUAAAGGAUAUUUAGCUCUCAUGUAACAUUUGAAACACAUAUAUUAUAUAUCAAGCUGUAUACCUACAAACAUAUACAGUAUAUACAUUUAAAGCAAGGUAUUUACCAAGCUGGAUCUCAGGUAGGGUGGGAAUAAACCAACUGUAGGACUGGCCAGACCAGGGGUCACUGAUGGACUUGGCCAGCAUGAAUAUAUCGCAAUAUAUGGACAAACAAUCGCUGAGAGGACACUUUUUUCAUUAUUAAUGCACAAAAUAUCUUAAUGUCCUUUAUAAAUUGAUAAUGGGUUGAAUGCAGGGGAUGUUUGUAUGAAUUAACCAACUGUAAGACUGGCCAGACCAGGGGUCACUGAUGGAGUUGGUCAGCAUGAAUAUAUCACAAUAAAUGGACAAAAAAUCGCUGUUUUGUUUAAAGGGCAAGACACUUUUUUUAGUAUAAAUUGCCAAAAUAUCUUAAUGUCAUUAAUAAAUUGAUAAUGGGUUGAAUGCAGAGAAUAUUUGUAUGAAUUAACCAACUGACACACUGGCUGUGGUGUGAUUGUUAUUAUUAACAUGUAUUUUUUAAAUGCCAACCUAUUGCGCAGCACUAUAAAAUAAAUGUGUUUAUACAAAGACAUCACAUGAAUUACCUACAUAGAACAUACAGCGUUACAUAACAAUCAGCACCAGCACAAAAGGUGAGUGUGAAAAGACUGUGGGAGAGAAUUCCAGAGGAGGGGUGCAGCCCUUGCAAAGGCUUGAAUAUGAGCAUGAGAUGAUCUUUAAUUUUCUAGUAUAGAAAGUAUAUUUUCAUGGGGUAUUUCUUAUUAUGUACAUGGGGAGUAUUUUUAUUUAUCAGUCUUGCAAUAAAGGAUUUGCAUUGUACCAAGCUUAGGAAAUGCUUGUUUCUCAUUUCUAAACCUGAAUAAAUGAUAUAACCUA